GGGGCCGGCGGAGCGGCCGGCGGCAGAGGCCGCCCCGGCCAUGGCCGCCGCGCCACCGCCCCCCGCGCCGCCGCCCCCCGCCGCGGGGCCGCCCCGCUGAGAGCCCCCGCGGGAAGGGGCGGCCCCGUCGCCGCGCCGCCCGCCCCGGCACCGCCGCGCCCGCGCCGGGGAAGGAGCCGGCCGGGGACGGAGAGCGGGCGAGCCGCGCCGCCGCUUCGGGCCCGCGCUCCUCCCCGGCCGCCCGCCCGUCCCGGAGCCUCUCCCCGGCGGCGGGCAGCGGGAGGAUGUCGGGCAGCACGGCGAGGAAGGUGCAGCCCUUCACCAUCAGCACCAAGCUCUCGCUGCCCAAGUGCGCCGCCGAGUUCUCCGCCGACUCCUGCCCCGGCAUCGCCCUCGCCUCCGCGCUGGACGGCCGCCGCGGGCUCCGUGCCGGCCUGGAGCAGCGCAUCUCCCUGUACCUGGCCCAGGCGCGGGCCGGCCCCCGCGAGCAGCCCCGCGGCACCGGCAGCGGCACCGGCGCCGGCCCGGCCGGGGGGGGCGAGGAGGAGAGGGUGAGCCGCGGCGCCCUGGCGCGCUCCAUCAAGAGGAUCACGCUGUCCAACUGGCACGGGGGGGACGCGGGGGCACCGCGGGACCCCGCCCGGGUCGGCGGCGAGAGGAACCACAACAACAACAACAGCGGCGCGGGGACGGCGCACGUCAAGGUCUUUCUUAGGAAGGAUGUGGAUGCUGAGGAUGAGAAGCGUGAGGCUGGCAGCCCCCGGUCCGGCGGUUUCUCCUCUCCCGUGGACGGAGGCUCCCCUUUUGGUAUGCUGGCGGGAGCCCCUCCAGCAGCGCCCCACAGGGAGAGUCCCAGGAGCAAGGAGCUGGUGGCAGCGAGAAGCAGCAGGCAGAUUGCUGUGGGACCCCCGGGCACGCCCGAGCCAAGCCCCCCGCUCGCCCAAUUCAACCGGGAGGUGCUGCAGGCGGAAGGCUGGGUGCUAGGCAAGCUGCGGGACCUGAAGGAUGGCUGCGACCUCCAGGACUGGGAACAGGCGACUCAGACCCUGCAGAGAGAGAUGAAGGACUUCGAGAACACGUUGAUAAAGCUCAACCAGAUGGGUGAGCAGCUGAUGUGUGGGCCGAGUCCCGGCGCCGAGGCGGUGCGGAGGCAGCUGCUGGCCCUGCGGGAACAGUGGCAGCUCCUGAGACAGACGGCCGCCAACCAGAGCCGGGCCCUGGGUGGGCUGCGCAGCCUGCAGGACUUUGGCAGGAAGGCGGAGCGGCUGGAGGCCUGGAUGCGGAGCAAGGAGGAGAAGCCCUCCCUGGCAGCCCUCCUGCAGGAGAGCCCGGACAAGAUCCAGCUCACCCGCCGCAUCCUCGACUUGAAGCAGGAGGAGCAGCAGUUCCAGAGCCUGCAUGAGGAGCUUAACAGCCUGGCCCAGAAGCUAGAGAAACAAGGCAAAAGUGAGAGCAGGACCAUCUCCGCCCGGCGCAAGCACCUCAAUAAGAUGUGGCUGCGGCUGCAGGGGACCCUGAAGGAGCACCACGAGGCUCUGCAGCUGGCCCUGGAGGUUGCUACCUUCCUGCAGCAAGCGGAUGCCCUGCUGGAUGCCAUCCAUGCCAAGCGGAGGAACGUCUGCAGCGGGGGGAAGCAAGGAGAAGCUGAAAUGAGCCGGGAUCAGGAUGUCAGGGACAUAGCCAGCCAAGUGAUGAUGCUGGACGUGACUGUGUCCCAGCUGCUCAGCCUGCAGCCCAGCUUGGCAGCUCGUGUCACUGCCAAGCACCGAGAUGUGAAGGAGAGCUGGGCCCAGCUCCAGCAGGCACUGAGGAACGAGAAGGCUCCAGCACUGGCUCCAGUGAGUGGUUUCCCGGGGAGUGAAGCUGUGGCUGUAAUCACUGAGCCCUGUGGACGUGUUAUUGUCCAGGAGUUGGAGGGGAAGAACACAGGAGACAGACAGAAGAGAGGUCCUGGUGUCACGGUGCAGAAGGACGUGGCGAGGAAGAUGGUGGAGCACGUGCGAGGUGAGAGGAGCAGCCCUGGAUCUGCAGCACCAGGAGGGGACAGCAAGAGGAAGAGGAAAGUCCCGGCAGAGGCAGAGCGGGGCACGCGGCCACUGGAGGCCCAGGUGCAGGGUGCCUGCCAGGAGGAGCAGGAGGCAGCGGGCAGCCCGCAGGUGGAGGCCAUGCUGCGGGAGCUGGGUGAGCUGUGGGAGGACCUGCAGAGGAAGCACCAGGAGAAUGGCGCGGUGCUGCGGGAAAUCGAUAAGGCGCUGAGGCUGGUGGGGGAGCUGGACCGUGCUGAACGAUGGCUGCAAGCUGUGGCCGGGUCGCUCUCAGAGCCAGCCCCCAUGCGAAGCCCCACGGAGCUGCGCCGGGACCUGGAGGGGACAGACCAGCUGGAGAGGCAGCUCACGCUAUGCGGCCUCAAGCUCCAGGCACUGCGGGAGGAGGCAGCGAGCGAGACAUCCGUGGAGCAUGAGGGGGCGAAGAAGAUGCAGAGGAAGGUGGAGAUGGUGGAGGAGAAGCUGGCACGAGUGCAGUCAGCGCUGCGGCGCCGAGCCGCUGACCUGCGUGACUCCUUGGUGCUGUCCGAGUUCCUGCAGAACCUGCAAGAGGAGGAGUCACGAAGCCGGCAGGGACCUGAGGCGCCAGGGAGCAGGUGUCGUGGCUCGCAGGGGGCUUUUCCCCCGCUCUCAGCCCAGGCUGAAGACAGCAAGGAGGUGAGCAGUCCUUUGGGAGAGCUGCAGGAGGCCGUGGAGAUGCUGAACAGUGCGGUGAAGGAGCGUGAGCGGGUUGUGGAGGUGGCGGUGGAGACGGAAAGCCUGGAGUGCCUGGUGGCAGAGGUGUCCCCCUGCCUGGAGGCCCUUUGUUGCGAAGCCAAGGCCCUGGCUCGUGACACUGCCCAAGCAGAGAGCGGUUUCACCACAGUGAAAAGCGAGAAGGACCUCCCGGGGCUGCAGGGCCUGCAGAGCCGGCAGCAGGAGAUGGAGCGUGUGGUGUCAGAGAGCCUGCAGGGGAAGCUGGAGGAGCUGGAGCGGAAGGCUUCCCGCUUGCAAGAGCUCUGCCCCACACACCUGUGCCCCAUCGGCCGGGAGGCGCAGCGCACACUGCGGGUGUGGGCAGAGCUGCGGGAGCUGCUGCAGGAGACCCGUGCCCACGUGCAGCAGGCUGGCCGGCUGCGGCACUUCUUCAAGGAUUACUUGGCCAUGAUCUCCUGGACAGAGGACACGCGGGCUCAGAUCUUCUCAGAGAGCCCAAGCAGCCACGGUCUCCUGGAGCCCCAGUGUGAGGAGCUGGAAAGGAAGAUUGAGGCGAAGCUGAAGGAGUUUGAGAAGCUGGCAGCAGCAGGGCAGCAGCUGGUGGCUGAGGAGCACAACUUGAGUGCAAUGAUCCAGGAGCGCCUGGAGGAGCUGCAGAGCAUGCUGGGCUGGGUGCUGGUGCGCUGGCGAGCGCAGAGGCACCAGCGGGACCCUGGGAACAAGCAGGAGGACAGGAAGGAUCCAGAGAGCCCCUUGCAAGCAUCCCCUGCCAGCCAGGAGCAGAGUGCCCCGUGUGCUGGGGAGAGCAUCCUUAGCCCAGACAGGAUCACGCUCUGCUCCCUCCCCACACCUGUGCCAGGUCCAGAGCCGCAGGUGCCAGUGGGAGCAGUGGGCUCCCUUCCAGCAUCGCCUCUCUCGGACACACCACUGGGAGGGGAGCAGAGCUGGGGGAAGCCUAGCAACCUGGGACCCCCUGAGGAGGCUGUGGCCUGGGAUUCCUCUGAGACCUCUACGCUGCUGCUGCCGCCACGGGGCCCCAGCGGGCUGGGAGGAACAGUCAACUUGAUCCUGAGCAUCAGCAAGAAGGGUGAGAAGAAGAAGGUGCAGAUUGAGGAGGCGCCAAGGACGGCACCACUGGAGGAGAGCUACGGGGAGAAAGCCAGGAAGAGUUCCAGCACACCGCAGCUGGUGAAGCGACCGCCUGCUGCGCCUUCCCGCCCGCCGGCACCCGGCGCUGGCACAUCACCAGCUUCACACACCCUGCCCAAAGCCGGAGCCGGAUCCCUCUUCAACAGCCUGCAGAGGAGGGAGAGGGCGAAGGCCGAGCAGGCGCGGCUGCUGACGCUGCAGGGCAUCAUGGGCUCCAGCUCCCUGCAGCCCUCGCCCGAGGAGCGCCGCGGCCCCACCAACACGUGGCCUCUCAAGUGCGGCCGCAGGAAGGCGGCGGGGGCAGCCCCCAGCCCCCCGCUCGGGGAGCUGCUGCUCUACGUGAAGAACCCCCUGGUGCGGGACAUUGAUGCCGAGUGCGGGGCGACCCCCGGGCACCCCCAGCCCCGUUGCGUCUCCCCGGGCUCGAAGCCCGCGUGCCCCCAGCUUGCUCUGGGCUCCGUGCUGAGCCUGGAGCUGCCCAAGGACCUGGGGUGCCUCCGGGACGCGGCACCGCGGGAGGAGGAGAGGCAGGGCGCGGGAGUGAGGCUCUGGCAGCCCGGCUGCGAGACAGGGCGGCAGGAGGAGGGCACGGGGGGACAGAGUCGGGAUCUGGGGAAGGCCCCUAAGGGCGAGCGAGGAACGUGGUUUGAAGAGGUGAGCUUCAACCCCAGCUAUGGCCGACACAAGGCCUGGGGCCUGGAGGAGCAUCGCAGCCCGCGACAAGCCAGCAGUGCUGGUGAGGGAAUCGUGGACUCUCGGCCGAGCCGGCCGCCCCACGUCAGCAGCCGGGAGCGGGACGCGUUGGCCACCCGCUCGUACCGGGAUGGCAGCCCUGGCAGCGGGGCCGGGCGUCACGAAGCCGCUCGGCCGGAGCUGGGGCCAUCCCCUGCCGGCACCUCGGGAGCGGCAGGAGCGGUCCCCAGCGCUGCCUGCGCUUCCCCUGCCGCUCCCACCCAGCUCUCUGUCUUUGAGUGGGAGCUGGGUCCCCCGCAGCCCCCCAGCCCGGUGCUGGGUACCGAUGUGUGCCGCCCUGCCCGCGGGCAGUUUGAGGAGGAGGAGGAGGAGCUGCAGGCCAUCUGGGAUGGGGCGAGCGAGUGGCGGGCGCCCAGCCGCACAGCGGGCAGCCCCCCCGGCUCCGACACCGCCGGCCGGCCCCUCAUCCUCUCGGCGGCCAACAACGUGCUGGUGGCCAAGUUCACCCUGCCCGGCGCUGCCCAGCUCCUGCACAGCCCGCAUGGGGAGAAGAGCCACGGGGCCACCCCCUGCUUGGAGGAGCCGCCAUCCACAGCCCCCUCGGACAGCCCCGGCACGUGGGAUCGGCACAGGCAGCGGGAAGAGGAGAGGGAGGGCAGCAAGGCUGCCACCGGGAAAGUGGAGUUCCAGAUGAUGGAGGGGACGCUGGAAAGGAAGCACGUGCUGCAGGCGGGGGGCAGAAAGGCGAGCUGCCGUACCUGGGGCCUCUUCCACGCCGUGCUGAUGAGGCAGACGCUGUGCUUCUACCAGGACCGCAAGGACAGCCUCAAGAGCUCCGUGGUGGCCCUUCCCCUGAACCUCUCCGGAGCCGUCUGCACGCCGGACACUGAGUACGUGAAGAAGACCAACUGCUUCAGGCUGCAGCUGCGGGAUGGCUCCGAGUACCUCCUGAGGGCCCCCUCCCAGCCCCUCAUGAACGAAUGGGUCUCCAAGCUGCAGCAGAACUCAGGUUUCCCCGAAGUGGAUUACUUCCAGGCAGCCACGCAGUGCAUCGAGAGCCCCAGGGCUGCUGGGGGGUUCAGCAAGAUGCCCGGCCCCGGGAGCCCUCACCUGCAGGGACACCACCAGGCCAUGACUGCCAAGAGCCCGGAGAUUGUGGUGCUGCCCCGCUCCAACGCCCGGCUGCAACAGCCGCUGGGCACCCAGGAUGGCCCAGCUGAUGGGACAGUGGCAGCAGAGGAUGUCUGUGGGGCCACCAGCCAUGCAGCCGGGUCCAGGGAACAGCAGUUGUCACCCAGGAUGUCUCCUGGGCUGUGGGACAACAGCUGCCCAGACGAUGACUACGGGCUGGUGGCCAACAAGAGGAGGUCCUACUCCUUCACAUCAGCCACCUACCAGAAGAUCGUGCCUGUGGCCGUGCCCCAGGAGCCACCGGAGGCCGGGAGCAGCUACUCGGUCACGCUGUACAUCAGUGAGCAAGCAGCAGCCAUGCCCAGGGCACGCUGCCACUCCUUCGUGGCCCGGCCAGGGAGCCCACAGGACAUGCUGGGGGAGAAGACCCCCGGCCCCCCUCGCCCCAAGAACAAAUCCGUCUUCAAGAAGUUCUUUGGGAAGAAGGAGUGACCCGAAGCCUGUCCAUUUUCCUCCUCUCAGGUGCCAUCCUUGCACCACGUCUGCUCUCAGCACCAGCUCACCGCUCACCCCCUCCCCGGGGGGAGGCUGCACCGCACCCCAGCUUCCCUUUCUGGCCCGGGGUGCUCACCCCCAGCUGUCUCCCCGCACGCAGUACAGGCAGGGGUGGAAGGGUUGUUUUUAUUAAAAAACUGAUAGGCA